AGAGACGAAAACCCUUGGCAGAUUCCCUUUCAGUUUAAUGUUAACUUCAAAGUAAUCUCUUACGCAGAAUCUCAAAAUUGUUAGUGCCUCGGAACCGAGAUCAUGACCUGAAUAAAAAGUUCAUGCAAAGAAAAAGAUCAUGAAAGUUUUUCUCACCAGCACCCAAGAAAAAUGAGCAAUCAAAAUGGCCGUGGAACUAGGAAUGGGUCGAAAAAGGCUGCCAAUCACGAUGACGAACUGCCAUCCGUGGGUGCAGUCAAUUCCGUGCCAAUUUUGGAUAGAUCGUCCAGCAAAAACGUCAGCCCUGCAAAUGAAAAGAGCACUUGUCACACGCUGAAAGAUGUCAAUUCGGACACUUGGAAAGCAUCUCCGAAUGAUGUCGACUUCUCGUCGAUCAUUUCCGCUGUCAAUGGAGGAAUUCUUGACGUUUUCAACUGCAUUCGGAAUUUCGCGGCGAUAAAGAAAGCGGAUGCCGAUCAAAACGACGUGGAAUGUCUGCAAUCCGACAUCAUGCUCACACUCGCCAAUUUGGACCGCGAAAUCGAUUACCUACAGCGGAAAUGCAAAUCCCAAGCCCCCGAAGUCUCCAACAUUUCCAUCCGAAUGGCAAUGAUCUUGAAACUAUGGGCCAAAAUCACUGAAUUGCCAAAGGAAUCGUUGACGCAGCUGCCAGUGAACUUGACGACGGAAAUCUCUCCUGAAAAUGACUCCAAUUCACAAUUCAGCAGCAAGAUGCAAUUAGCAAAGAAUUCCUGCCAAGAAGCAUCUCCCAAGGAAGCUUCGUCAACUCCGCCGAAAUCCUCGAAACUGAAGCAAAAACCGGAGAAAUUCUCUCCAAUCGAAUACGCUGACUUCCAUGUUUCCUCAGCUGCCUACAAGAUGUCGUCUCUUCACAGUCCUUACGUAUCUCCGCAAAAGCGGGAAUCAGUCAUCGACCUAAUCAUGAAAAAGUCGUCUUCAACAUCAAAAUCACAUCGGAUCGAGGCGCAAAAGUUCGACAUCUGGAAAACGAUUCAAGACCAAGUUUUCACCUAUUUUUCCAGAAGACCCGCUUCAAUCACCCAGAAUAAAUAUCGAGCUGGACAAAAGAUACAGAAUAAAUCCUCAUCAAUAACCCUCCCCAGCAAAAACCCACCGAAAGAACCCCAAGAUUUAGAAUUCGAGGCCAACAAGGAAAGAUAUCGAUCCACAGCCAAAGCCAUUCGCAAACCUCUUCCACCUCACAUCGCUGUGAAAUUCGACACCGAUGACAAGAAACCCCAAAUCAAAUCCGCAAUCCAUGUCCUCGAACAUGUUUCCUUCGUCGCGAAAACUGUCGAAAGUAAACCUGGUCAUAAAACCUCGUCUUUAACCAUCAAACACGACUCGAAGAAGUGGAAAAGCAUGACUUUACCCCGGGGCAGCGGUGGAGGAAAAAGCACAGGACUCAUCGCUCAGACGAAUAAAGCAGGCAACCCUGAAGAUGACACCAUGUCUAGUUAUGUUCCAUCGUCUUCCAAAUCCGAUCAUAAUAACCACCAUCAUCAUCAUCACCACCAUCACAAUCAUCAUCGACGCCAUCAAACCCGAAAAAAGUCCCAAGAACCAACACCUGAUUCGACGACGUCGUCUUACAAAAUGUCGGAAAGGAUUAUAAACGAAAAGCCGUUUGGGUCCCCUGGGGAAUUGCCGACAACAUUGGGCGGUGUUUUGGACCCGCAAAAUAUGCCUCCACUGAAAUCGGACUUGUUGCCGAGUUUGUCGCUUGCCAAUUCUGAGCCAAGGUCGCCAACGGCGAAAAAAGACCGCCAUCGAUCGCGUGCGAGGGGUCAUGAGAAAGCAGUACGCAAACGCUCGGUUCCACCGGACACAGUUGAGGAGGAUGAAGGGACGAAAAACACGGGAACUUCUCCGAUUUUGCCAAAAUCUGAGCAAGAUUUAUCUCCGCGAAAUUCCAGACCGAGUCAUCGGGAAUUGGUGAAAGUCAAGAGUAGACCGUGAUGCAAAAUAUGCUGCCAUAUUUUCUCAUUAUUCGUGCAUAAUAUUUGGGACGCGCGAAGGGAGAAAAACGCGAUAUGUCUAUAAUUGCGCUCACGUUCACUUACUUUUGUCAUUCCUGCUACACUGUUACCCAAUAAAAUUAUGAAAAAUUGACGAGCA